UUAUUAUUAUUGUCUGUGUCGAAAACUGCUGUUGAAAUCGCCUCCAAACCACUCCACUCCUUCUCUUCUCUCCAUCCAUUUUUCUUUUAAUUUCAAAAAAUAAAAAUUCUGAUUUUGAUGAAGGCGGGGAGAGAUUAGAGUUGAGGAUUCCGAUCGAUCACUUUCCUGAAUUCGCACAAACCAACCACCAGUUUUGACGCCUUAAAAUGCUCCUCCGCCACCGCCAACACCUACUCCAGCCGUCUCUAGUUUACUUUCAGGAAGGUAAAUCCUUGGAUGGGAAGGCAAAGACAAGUGCAGAUUGUAACGAGUGCAGCCAAAACUAGCAUUUGUAACACACACCAGACUUACUUAUGGCGUCUGCCAGCCUAGGAAAUGGGGGAGUCGGCAGUUCCAGGUCUGUUAAUGGCUUUAAGAGUUCUUCUAGUUCAGUGGACUGGCUGGGGAGAGAGAUGCUUGAGAUGAGAUUGAGGGACAACGUUGAUAAUGAUGAAGACAGGGAUAGUGAACAUGAUGUUGUCAGCGAUGUGGGUGCUGAAACAGGACAUGUGAUAAGAACAACUGUUGGUGGUCGAAAUGGUCAAUCUAGGCAGACGGUCAGUUAUAUUGCAGAACAUGUCGUUGGAACUGGUUCUUUUGGUGUUGUCUUCCAAGCUAAAUGUAGAGAAACUGGAGAGAUUGUUGCCAUCAAGAAGGUUCUUCAAGACAAGCGCUACAAGAACAGGGAAUUGCAGAUUAUGCAAAUGUUGGAUCAUCCAAAUAUUGUCGCACUAAAACACUGCUUUUUCUCAACAACAGACAAAGAAGAGCUUUAUCUGAACCUUGUACUUGAAUAUGUCCCUGAAACUGUUCACCGUGUUGCGAGAAACUAUAGCAGGAUUAACCAACGAAUGCCCCUGAUAUAUGUCAAGCUCUACACAUAUCAGAUUUGCAGGGCACUCGCUUAUAUCCAUAAUUGCAUUGGCAUUUGUCACCGGGAUAUCAAGCCUCAAAACUUACUCGUAAAUCCUCACACGCAUCAGUUGAAACUUUGUGAUUUUGGAAGUGCUAAAGUGUUGGUGAAAGGAGAACCAAAUGUUUCUUACAUCUGCUCGAGAUAUUACCGAGCUCCAGAGCUUAUAUUUGGAGCCACUGAAUACACCACAGCCAUAGAUAUUUGGUCAACAGGCUGUGUGAUGGCUGAACUACUACUUGGACAGCCUUUGUUUCCCGGUGACAGUGGAGUUGAUCAACUAGUUGAGAUCAUUAAGGUUUUGGGAACGCCAACAAGAGAGGAAAUAAAAUGCAUGAAUCCAAACUACACCGAAUUUAAGUUUCCACAGAUAAAACCUCAUCCAUGGCACAAGGUGUUUCAAAAACGUCUUCCCCCAGAAGCAGUGGACCUCGUAUGUAGGUUUUUCCAGUAUUCCCCUAAUUUGCGCUGCACUGCGUUGGAAGCAUGUAUUCACCCUUUCUUUGAUGAAUUGAGAGACCCUACUACUCGCCUUCCUAACGGGCGCCCUCUUCCUCCCUUGUUCAACUUUAAAUCCCCGGAGCUUUCAGGCAUUCCGCCAGACAUUGUGAAUCGGCUUAUUCCAGAGCACGCUCGCAAGCAGAACUUGUUCAUGGCUUUGCAUACCUAGCAGCAUGAGAUGUGAUGAGUUUUUCUCUUGUUUCGCCGAUAGACGUAGAUGUGUUGUCCUGUGAGAGUAAGAGUGUUUAAAAGAUGAAAAUCUGAGUUUUGUGUAUGAAUGCGGAUGAAGACGAAGGUGGUGACGAUGAUGAUGAUCUUUGUAUGAAUUCUGGCAUAUGUAUGUUUUUUUACUUUGGCCACUACUUUGAUAGGACGACCAACACACCCAGUACCCACCAAAUAUGAUGAUAUAUACUACAUAUUCGUACUCA